GGGGAAAGACUCGCCAAUCAGAAUGCGCAGGCAGUUUAAAGGGCGUUGAAGGAGGCGGGCGGGCGUUUGAAUUCAAACGGCGGUGGAGCCUGCCAGACGGAGUUUGGAGGUGAGGUGGCCUUCAAGAAGGACGGCUGGUGGAUGGCGGGGCUGUCGGGAUAAUGGACAAAACGAAUAAAGAAAACCAAAAUGGACAUCUACAUAACAGCAAGGUAGAUGGUCCAAAGAGGAUUCCUAUGUCCCAGAAUCGGGCAGCAAGGACUAGAAUUCAGUCACAGCAUAUUUUGACUGCUUCAAAUGUGCCCCAGAGAGUGCCUAUUCAAUCCCAGGCACAGAAACCUGCUGUUAGCCAUCCAAAAUAUUCCAACCACCUAAGUCAACAGCGACCAACAUCUGCAGUUCAACCAACAUCCAGGAAUUUAGUUUCAAAUAAACCUGGUAUAAUUCCUCAGCAGCCUUCUGCAUCUGGAAAAAAGCCUGGAACUGAAGAUGUAUCAGCUGCAACAACUGAGGCCAAAGGAGCUUCAAGUUCAAAAAGUGAGAACAAAGAGGAAUCAAAAAGUGAAACUAAAAGAAAACAAUGGUUCCUUGAUGACUUUGAAAUUGGCCGUCCUUUGGGAAAAGGAAAAUUUGGAAAUGUGUACCUGGCUCGAGAAAAACAGAGUAAAUUCAUUUUGGCCCUGAAGGUCUUGUUUAAAUCACAGCUGGAAAAAGCAGGUGUAGAACAUCAGCUGCGGCGAGAAGUAGAAAUACAAUCUCAUCUUUGGCAUCCCAAUGUUCUCAGGCUCUAUGGUUACUUCCAUGAUGCAACAAGAGUAUACUUGAUGCUGGAACAUGCACCUCGUGGAGAAGUGUACAAAGAACUUCAGAAGCUUAAAAAGUUUGAUGAGCAACGAACGGCUACUUAUAUGACUGAACUCGCAGAUGCAUUAUUAUAUUGUCAUUCAAAAAGAGUAAUUCAUAGGGACAUCAAACCUGAGAAUCUAUUGCUGGGAUCAAAUGGAGAGCUCAAGAUUGCUGACUUUGGAUGGUCUGUGCAUGCCCCAUCUUCUAGGAGGUCAACAAUAUGUGGCACCCUUGAUUACCUGCCACCUGAAAUGAUUGAAGGGAGGACUCAUGAUGAAACGGUGGACCUGUGGAGUCUUGGUGUCUUAUGUUAUGAAUUUUUAGUAGGAAAGCCUCCUUUUGAAGCAGAAACGUAUCAGGAAACAUAUAGAGCCAUUUCAAGGGUGGAGUACAGAUUUCCUCCUUUUGUAACAGAGGGAGCACGGGAUCUGAUUUCAAAGCUCUUGAAGCAUGACCCAAAGCACAGAUUACCACUGGAAGAUGUACUUAAACAUCCAUGGGUUACAUCAAACUCAACUAAGUCUCCCAAGCCUAACACUGAGGAAACUAAUGUUGCUAAUAAAACUUAGUCAUAGCAUAAUAAGCAUUGCUGACUGCAUUUCCAAAGUAACAGGGAUGGCAGCAAUUGUAAUACAUCUGAUAUAAGAAGCAUAGAAUUUGUCUCAAAAAGAAAUCAGUUUCCUGCACAAUGAACUGUUCUAUGAACACUAUGAAGUCUGAGCUGCAGUUUGAACAGGCAUGUUGCAAUGCUUGUAGUUCCAUUCAAAUCAAUUUGUGAAUAUCUGGAACAUACUUGAACUCUGUGCAUGUGAUUCAAAGCUUCUGGGACACAUCUUGUUCAGGACUUUCUCAGAUAAAUAGUUCCUAUAUUGUUGAUCCUCCUUGCUCCUUGAUAGCCACAUGAAAUUGUUGGAACAGUGCAAUAACACCCUAAGGUUAACCUGUGCAGCGAUGUGACAUGGAUGACGUCUGUUUCUGUAAAUAAGAGCUAAUUGUGCAGUUAUUGUCCUGUGUUCAGUUAGGAAAUACUUUGAAGACUAAAGACUUUAUAAACAAUAAUCCAGUGCGUUAAGACAGCUUGUUCUUGGAUACCUGCUUAUUCAGUGGUCAGAGAGAUUCUGCUUCCUAGGAUAACCUUGAUAGUGAGCAAUUGUACAUUUUAAGGUUCUUAAAAGAAAAACUGCAUAGACUAUUUUUGAUCACCAAUUUUUAAAUAAUGUUGUAUUUGUUUAAGCACCAGUAAAACUUUAUUACAAAAACAUGAUGGUUCUGCAGCGCUUUUAUUUGCAUCUGGUGGUACUUAAAUUUUAGAAUUUACAUUUAUCCAAACAUGUAACACAUUUCACUUCAAGCUGCCUGUAAAGUUCAGAUAAAGUGAAUAAUGUUUGAUCCUGAAAAUACAAGUCCUUGUAUUUUUCAAUCAUUUCUUUUGGCAUGUAGUGAUUCCAGGCAAUUCUCAGAGUUAUCCUGGGGUUAUGAUGAAAAUCUAACUAAUGUAGUGAGAAAGUGUAAUUUUGUGUGACAGCAUUGUUUUGUGAUGGCAAUCGCAGCGCAGCCUGUUGAUGUAACCCCACAACUGUGGGUUAUUAAGCGGGGAGAUGUGGGAAUGUGUAGUUUUUGUAGCCUCUGGAAGCUUCUUCUGACUAUAAUAGUUACAAAUCAAGAAUAGCCAUUUUGCAAUAGGAAAUAUAUAAACACUAUAAAUAGGCACAAUAUCAUUAAAAAAA